GCAGAUUUUUAGAGCAGCCGUCAGUAGCGCGUAGCCUCACAGUUCCAGCAUCAGCGCAGAGAAACACAAGCUGACCAGCAGAAGACGCCUUUAUUGUUUCGCACCGCGGGGAUCUACUUUUUCCCACUCUCGGGUGGAACUAUAAUUUUUUAAAAUCUUGGUGGUUCAACUCGGUCCCAUCGUCGCUUCGCCAUGAGUGUCACGGUGACCUCGGAUAACGUCUUUCUGACGGCGCUGCAGCCCAACACGACCGUCAGCACUUACGCGGUCCCCUCCGAGACCGAGCUCUCUCACGGUGGGUCCCACGUCAAGGGGGAGUCGAGGUUCAAACGCGUGCACCAGCAGGUGUCUAUGAGACUGGCGGAGAAAUCCACGCUUCCGCGCCAGAACGGCUCGUCGCCACAACUGGCAGCCUCAGAGUCUGGGAAUUACUCAACGAUGACAAAAUAUUCAACAGUGAACCAGAGUUUCACUCCAAAUUUCAGCUCUAAAUCCUUUGUCUAUGCCCCCGGCAGAUCAAUGACGGCCCCACGUCCAUCCCAGUACACUAGUGGUUACUCAUCCCGCUCUGCCGUUGAUUUCAGCCCAAGAACCAAAGUCAGUUACACAGGAGGUGGUGGUGGAGGCAUGGCGUAUUACCAAGAAGAUUGUGUAGGUGGCGGUUACCAGGGUGGCGGUUACCAGGGUGGCGGUUUCCAAAGCGGCGGGGGCCAAGGGCAACAGCAGCAGGUCAGCACAAUGACUCGAUCCUUCAGCCGAAUGGGGGGCGAUCCGGAGACCCAGUCCAUGCAUUCCAUGCGUGUGGCGUCCAUGCCGCGCCAUGUGGUUUCCUCAUGGGCGGCACAAGAUGACAGCGACGGCAGCCUGGUUUCAGAACGAGAUGCCACUUACACCCAACAGGCCUCCAUGCAGAACAUGAGCAACGGCUAUGCUGCCAACACCUACCCACGCCAGUCCAUGUAUUCGACUUCUAGGGUGAACGGAUUCGAGAGCGGACAGCAGCAGGUCAGUUCAAUGACGCUUCCAACCAUGAAACGCUCCCUCAGCGGGACGCAGACCACUGGCGGCGGAGAAGGCGGCAUGGAGCAGGAGGUGUACGUUAGACAGCAGUCCUUCAAAGGCCCUGCCCACCGCACCAUCAGCCGAAUCAACAACCGCCAAACAAGUCGCGCAUCCAACAUGUCAUCAGGCAUGUACGGAACUGGCGGAUUCAGUGGCUCCCAGGGCAACCUGGCCAUGAUGCAGCAGGGACGGCUGUCGCGCGCCGGAUCCGUCAGGAGCAUGCAUAGCGUCGGGAGAGGCAAGGAUGUGUUUGACGGCAUGGAUAUGAUGGGCAGCAUGGGCAACCUGAGCGGACUCAACAGUUUGGACAUGCCGACUGCCAUUAACUAUCUUGAUGAGCCCGAUGAAAAUCUUCAGAUGUUGGGGGCUGCCUACAUUCAGCAUGAGUGUUACAAUAACAGUGAUGCAAAGAAACAGGUGAACCAGCUGAAGGGCAUUCCUCUCCUGGUGCAGCUGUUUACCAGCCAGAGUCAAGAGGUGCAGCGCUACGCCACUGGAGCCACCAGGAACCUCAUCUACGAGAGCAUGGAUAACAAAGUGGCCCUUAUUGAAUCCGGAGGGAUCCCCAAGCUCGUAGAGGCCCUUAAUGAACAAGACGAUGAACUCCGCAAGAACAUCACAGGUAUUCUGUGGAAUCUGUCUUCUAAGGAUAACCUGAAAGAAAGGCUGGCACGAGAAACUCUUCCCGAAUUGACAGAGAAGAUUUUGAUUCCCCUCUCCGGCACCGGGGACCAGGACAUUAUUGAGCUGAACCCCUCAGAGACCGACAUCUUCUUCAACACUACCGGCUGUCUCAGGAAUUUGAGCUCAGUGAACGAGAAGACCAGACAGAAGAUGAGAGAGACCCAUGGCCUUAUAGAUGCUCUAGCUGGCUAUAUUCAGAAAAGCUUGCUGGACACUAAAGUGGAGGAGAAGGGCGUGGAGAACGCAGUGUGUGUGUUGAGGAAUCUGUCCUAUCAGCUGUACACUGAGAUUUCCCCAACACACCGUAUGCGGCUGGAUGGUCCGAGUCGAGCUCAGAGCUCCUCAAAAGGAGAAGCUAUCGGCUGCUUCACCCCUAAUAGCAAGAAGGCCAAAGACAGACAAAAUCAGGACCUCACCACAUUUACAGAAGUGUCACGGCAGCCCACAGACAUCGAGUGGCUCUGGCACCCUAAUGUAGUGGAGCUGUAUAACCAGGUGCUGCAGCGCUGCGAGAUCAACUCCACAACGCGAGAGGCCGCGGCCGGAGCCCUGCAGAACAUCACAGCUGGAGACAAGAGGUGGGCGUCCAUCUUGAGUCGUGUGGCGUUGGAGCAGAAUAGGAUGUUGCCUGUCAUUCUUGAUCUCCUCAGGACCAACAACAAUGAGGAGCUGCGUUCUCUCACUGGCUUCCUCAGAAACCUCACCCGUCACGCCAAGGACAAGAACGACAUGGCCACAAAGAUGGUAAAUCCCUUGCUUGCCAAACUGCCUGCCGAUGGCCGCCAGAAGGAACCAUCCAGUGACGUGAUAGUGAACGUCUGUGGAGCCCUCAACAACCUGGUGACCAGCAGCAUGGUGGCUGCACGAGAGAUCACCUUCUUCGAUGGUCUGUCCAAGCUGAUGGGCAUCAAGACGUCUCAUGACAGCAGCCCUGCUAGACUGAAAGCUGCUAAAGCAGCGGCAACAGUGGUCAGCAACAUGUUCCAGUACAAGAAACUACACAGAGAUUACAGAAACAAAGGGUUCCAGAAAGAAGACUUUUCAGACAUGGGCUUCUGAAUGGAUUAUAUUGUCAAACAAAAAGAUAUUUAAUAAGGACAAUGGAUAAAGAAAACACAACCAGAAAUGCAGCAAAAUAAAUAUUCUGAAAAGAGGAUAACACACACAAGACUUUAUUGUAUAGGAUGAACACUUCCUAUUUAGCCUCGUAUUUUUGUUAUUUUUCCCCAAAAUCCUCAGGGAUUUAUUGCAAUGUCUUUUUUUAUACUGGCUGUUGCCUGUAUUUUUUUUUUUUUUUUCUAUCAAUAUACAUAAACACAGACUAUCCAUGAUAUAAUAAUUAUAUCUUGGGAAUUGAAUCUGUCUUUUAAAAAAGUUGCAUCUUUAAAUAUUUGUAGAAAAAUAUCUGUAUUAUGAUGGUAGGGAAGACAUUUUAGCUGGAAAAUUGGAAUUGUGAGGGUAUAGAUGAUAUAAGAAGAUUGUAAUAUGUUUUAUAAUACACAUAAAUGCUGUAAACACAGGCCGGACAGAUUUGGGCUGUUAAUCAGCCUUCUUGUCAUAACAGAAUUGCUUAUUUUUUACUAGUCUGAUUUAAAAUCUAAUGGGUUUUCUUCUUUUUUGGUAUUUUGCUAUAUGUAAAGAUAGUAUGUGUCAUUAUUUAGUGUACAAAUAAUAACUAUAAUGAUAUGAGGACACAUGGUAAAAUACCAUCUGAAUGUUUGAAUGGAAACGUUACAUUUAAACCCACUGACUAAAUUGAUUAAGUAUGUUUUUACAAAGAAACAUCACUAUUUGCCAAAUACAUAUGGAUAAUUUCUGUUCAUUUACGAAUUUUUUUAUUUUUCGUAAUUGUAUAUGGUGCAAUAUGUGCAUUAAUUUGAUAGUAAGCAAUUCUACUUAUACUUUUUUUAUUAUGGAUGUUGAAUGUUUGGUUUGGGUUGUUAUGCUUCCAAAAUAUAUUUAAUCUGGUGUGUAUGAAAUAGACUGUUAUGAGUGAUUUGCAGUCUUUAAAUAUUUGAGACAUGCUUUUACCGGAUGGAGAUUUGAUUCUGCAGAGAGGUCUUGAACUUUCUGACCUUUAGGAAUGCAUGGAAUGUUCUCUUUUCGAAGUCUUUGAUGAUUGAAUGUGUAGUAUAUUUUAUAAUUCAUCAUAAUUUCAUUGUAAAAUGCAUGUGCGUGAGUGUCAUAGAUCUAUGUUCAUAUAAAAAACAAUAAAAAGGAAAUAAAGAGUU